CAGCUUUAUUUUGAAAGUCUCAAACCGGAUGUGAAGAUGCUGCUGUUGGUCGCCGCUCCUCGCGCACACUGAGGGACGGAGAGAGAAGAAGAAGAGGAUCCUGAACCCGGCACGCCUGGAGCCUGGAGAGUCUGGAGAGCCUGGAGAGUCUGAGUCCUGGUGUUUACCUGAACCUCAGACCCCCCCCACCCAGCUUUGGAUAAUACCGGACCCUCACACCGGGAGACCCGCGGAGAGGCGGAUCACUAUGGCGACGUUGGGACCGGAGUCCGCUCGUCCCCCUCAGUCCCAGCUCGGCUCGUCCCCGUCGAUCCAGACUCACCUCGGCGGGGCCAGCCAGCCUCCGAACCGGGGCUUGGAGCGCGCCCUGGAGGAGGCUGCGGCCAGCGGGGUGCUGAACCUCAGCUCCCGGAAACUGAAGGAGUUCCCCCGGACUGCCCAGAACCACGACCUCACGGACAGCGUGGAAGCAGACUUGUCUAAAAACAGACUCACAGACGUCCCCACAGAGGUCACCCACCUGGUUGCCUUGGAAGCACUAAACCUGUAUCACAACUGCAUCCGGACCAUCCCGGACAGCCUGAUCGGCCUGCAGUCGCUCACAUCCUUAAACCUCAGUCGUAACCAGCUGUGUGCUCUGCCCGCCUGUCUGUGCGGUUUACCUCUCCGAGUCCUCAACGCCAGCAACAACAAGCUGGUUAGUCUACCAGAGAGCAUCGGACAGCUGCACCGCCUCAUGGAGCUGGACAUCAGCUGUAACGAGAUCACCGCUCUCCCUCGUCACAUCGGCCGACUCAAAGCUCUGCGGGAGCUUAACGUCCGGCGGAACCUCCUCUGCGUCCUGCCAGAAGACCUGGCCGAUCUUCCUCUGGUGAAGUUCGACUUCUCCUGUAACAAGGUGUCGACCAUCCCCGUGUGCUACAGGAAGAUGAGGCAGCUGCAGUCGCUCCAGUUAGAGAACAACCCUCUGCAGAGUCCACCUGCACAGAUCUGUAUAAAGGGUAAAGUUCACAUCUUCAAGUACCUGAGCAUCGAGGCGUGUCGCAGCGACAAGAUGCCCGACUCGCUCUACCUGCCCGUCAUCGAGAGACUCAGCCUGCACCGACCCACCACCGGCAGUGUGGAGGACAUGGAGCAGCAGAAGAAGCAGGACAGCGACUCAGGAGUUGGAAGCGACAACGGAGACAAGAGACUGUCGGCUACUGAGCCAUCAGACGAGGACAGUCUGAGCCUGAACGUGCCGAUGAGCCACAUCACAGAGGAGGAGGGGAUCAGCAAAGACGACUCCAGUGAACACAUCAGCUCACUCACAGCGGACACAAACUCGGACUCUGUGCGGCUGAUAGAGGAGAGUCCUACGGAAGCCCUGAGGGAUCAGUUCAGCUACAGAGACUCUGCUCUGAGCACGCGCUUCGUCAACUACAUCAAGGGUCGGACAGCGGCAGACUUCGACGAGCCUCUGAGGAUAGAAGAAGACUCACACUGGCCGUCAGAUCAAAUGUCAAAGGUCACAGGGGGCACAGAGCUCCACAUCGACAUGAUCAACCAGCUGAAGGAGGCCGUGGAGCUGCUGCAGGACCCCAGCAGAGUGAACGCAGAGCAGGAUGACCUGACUGGAGUCCAGCUCUAUCCUGUGGAGAUGGUCAACGUGGAAGAGUCGCUCAAUGGGCAGGACAGCGAUGACGGCAUCACCACACCAAAGCGAGAUGAUCGGUCUCCACUCAGCGGGCUUCCAUCCUACCACAGCCCCGUGUUCGGACUGAAACCACGAUCAGCCCCGCCCUCGCUGCCCUGCUCUCCCCCUCCUUCCUGUCUCGCCCCCUCCCUCCUCUCACAGGCCUCGCCCCUCCAUAGAGAUACAGCUCGUAGCCGUGAUGACGGAGGCAUGCACAGUGGCGUGUUCCUGCGGAGCCACAAGAGUCUGGAGUCUGUUGAUCCUCAGUUCACCAUGAGGAGAAAGAUGGAGCAGCUGAGGGAGGAGCUGGAGCUGAUGGAGCAGCUGAGAGACAGCAUCGAGAGCAGACUGAAGGUCCCCCUCCCUGAAGACCUCGGAUCAUCCCUGAUGGACGGCGUCGUCCUCUGUCAUCUGGCUAAUCACAUUCGCCCGCGCUCCGUGGGCAGCAUCCACGUCCCCUCACCUGCAGUGCCCAAACUCAGCAUGGCCAAGUGUCGGAGGAACGUGGAGAACUUCCUGGACGCCUGCAGGAGGAUCGGAGUUGCAGAGGACAAACUGUGUCUCCCUCACCACAUCCUGGAGGAGAAAGGUCUGGUGAAGGUCGGGAUCACGGUGCAGGCUCUGCUAGACGAGGGCUCCCCGCAGCACAGCCUGCUGACGUGAGCCGCCGGGACGCCCCGACACAAGAAACAAACACACACCUGGACCGCCGCCGCUGUGCUCACUCUGCAUCCACCUCAGUGACACGCUGUGCUUUAGCUACGGAGGCAGACGGUGUGAAGGGAACCUAAGCAGCCAGGAGAGAGUUUAUAUACUAAAUCAUGAACUAAUUACUGAGUCAGGAUGAUGCAGAGCACUUCACUUUUUAAAGGCAUGUGAGUGACAAUAACUAAUUUCUUCAAUUUUACACAAGAGACACAAACUGUCGGCUGAAGGGCAUCAACACACUCCACUGUUCCUUUUCUUUAAAGACGUGAUCACACGUGUUUCACCAAAACGGACUCAUCAUCAGGAGCAGGAGGGCCACAGAGAGAGAGCGAGGGAGAGCUUAAAGUGGACAAAAUUUAGGAAUUAAAAAAACAAAAAUAAAAACUGAAAAAAUAUUUGAAAUAAUUUAGGAUUUAGAAAAUUGAGUCAAAAAAAAAAAAAAAGUUCCAGGAUUAAUAAGAGUUAAAAUCAUAAUAUUGAAAUAGCAAACACCAUGAGAAGAAAAGAAAAAUUAAAAGAUAAUUUUAAAUAUUUUUUGGGAUUGAAUUUUGUCUAGAUUUGAUCAUCUCUACUAAACCGCUCACUUAAUAUUAUUAUUGUGAUAUGAUUUUUUUUUUGUCGCACAUUUCUAUAAUUCAAUUUUCUCUUGACAAAGGCUGAAAUAUAAGCCUUUUUUAAAUGUUAAAUAUAACACCUGUAUUCUAAAGUACGAUGGCUGGGAAGUGCAAGACAAAUUUACAUUUUGGAAAACGUUUAGGCCAAAACAAAUUUGCAUUCUGUAAAACAAAAUUACAUUUAACAUUUUUACCAAGGCCAAAACAAAUUUACAUUUAACAUUUUUACCAAGGCAAAAACAAAUUUGCAUUCUAUAAAACAAAAUUACAUUUAACAUUUUUACCAAGGCCAAUACAAAUUUGUAUUUUUUAAAACAAAAUUACAUUUAACAUUUUUACCAAGAACAAAACAAAUUUACAUUUACCAUUUUUACCAAACCAAUUUACAUUUAACAUUUUUACCGAGGCAAAAACAAAUUUGCAUUCUAUAAAGCAAAAUUAAAUUUAACAUUUUUACCAAGGCCAAAACAAAUUUGGAUUCUAUACAACAAAAUUACAUCCUACAAAAAAUGUACAUUUAACAUAUUCCCAAGGACAAAACAAAUUUACAUUCUAUAAAACAAAAUUGCAUUUAACAUUUUUACCAAGGACAAAACAAAAUUACAUUUAAGAAAACAUAUUUACAAAAUUAGAAACACUUUAAGAAGCAACUGAAAUUUUUUACCAGUCCUGAAACAAAUUAAUAUUUAUCUGACAUGAACAGACUUGUUUUUAAUCAAAUAUUUUGAUUCAGACUGAAACAAGAACUCCUCAAAAUGUGUUCCUGCCAAUCACAGAUAUUUCUGAUUUGGAAUGUAAAUUUGUAAAUUUGUGAAAAUGUUUCAUCCUUUGUAAAUUAACAUUGCUCUUCUCAGCCACUGUACUUUAGAAUCAGGUGAUCCUGCUCCAUCCUGUGGCCCUGAACGAACCCAGCUGCAGAGCCGUUUUUAAAUCUGAUAUUUAACUCUGAAUCUGACCGUAGAGAGCAGGUGGAGGUGUUCAUGUUUCUCUCUGCCGUAGUUCCACCUCUUCAUAUCAUGCAGUUUAAUGAUCAGUUAUCAGUCUGCAGCUCGUAGAGUUAGAACACCUGAGGCUUCAGGUGAAGACUUUCUGCACUGUGUGAGAAUCUGAAACCAAAAUAUGCAUUCAUGGAGGGAGACUGAUUUCUAUUUAAGAUAUUUAUGAUAUAAAGAGACGCAGUUUGAGCUGUUCAAAAAAAAAAAAAAGAAUAACCCAAAAAUAUUUUCUCUAAUAUAUUUUAGCUAUAAGUGUCUGUUUUUUAAAGUUGUACUAAAGCUGAGCUCUCUGCACGUCCCUGAACCAGGUCUGAGUCUGUCUCUGAAGGGGGUCCAGGUAAAACCUGCGUGUGCUCUUUGCUCACCUGGAGUCUUUUUACACCCGACCGUCUCCGUGUUUCUACUUCAGCAGUUUCUGUUUUUCACUUUGGAUGAUGUUUUUUAUGAGAUUACAGUUUGCUAAUGUGCCAAAACACAACAGACGUUUGAGGAGGAUGAAGAUCUUAAACAUCUUCAUCCUCCUCUGACAGGAAAACACUGAUCACUACCUUCAAGCUCACACUCCACAUCUCCUGCACAGCCGUGUUGAUUUACAUGUAAAUAUUGAUCCCUGUCGGCUUCCGUACUGUAAGACUCUUCAUAAACGUCAGGGGGGUGUUUCAGAUUUUUAUAUGUGAGGAUGAGGAGGGUGCAGGGUCAGAGAGGAGGAAGAGGAAGAGGAGGAGGGUGCAGGGUCAGAGAGGAGGAAGAGGAAGAGGAGGA